AUGAAAUGGAUACAUGGCACCUAUCUUAAAAACAGAGAUAUUUGGCUUGUUCAAGCUAAAAGUGGCGACUCAUGGAUGUGGAAACAAAUCUUAAAAACCAGGGACAAAGCUUUGUUCUCAAAUGGAGGGGUUGAUAACUUGAUGCAAUUGAUUAACUCCUGUGUUAAUAAUUCAAAAGUUCAGAUGUCAGUCCUCUACCAUGCUCUCUCAGCAAACUCUGUGCCUGUACCAUGGUAUAACACAGUCUGGGAAGGAAUCAGUUACCCAAAGCAUUCUUUUUUGAGCUGGCUAGCUGUGCAAAACAGGCUGCAAACUCAAGAUAGGCUUCUCAAAAGAGGAAUUAUAACCAGUAACUCCUGCUGUUUAUGUACAAGAGCUGAGGAGAAUAGAGAUCACUUGUUUUUCGAUUGUCUUUUCUCAAGUGAAGUCUGGUUGCUUGUGAUGGAUUGGCUGAAAUUUUCAUGGAGAUCUUGUGUGUGGAAUCAUAUUAUGAACUGGUAUUGCUACAAGUUGAGAGGUAAGGGAGACAGGCAAAAGAUCAAAAGGAUGGCUCUCUCCUCAACACUAUAUUGCAUAUGGAUUGAGAGGAAUAACAGAAUUUUCAAGAAUAAAUUCAGGAAUGCAGUCCAGGUGUUCGGGGAAAUAAAGAUCAGUAUGCUAUACAUCAUCCUCAAUAGUACAAGUCUUCUUGACAGCAGAGAUUGGAUACUGUCACUAUAG